CCAGUUCUCCCGCCGGGGAUGCCCUGGUGGGAGGUUCUGGUCCCUGCCUUUCAGGAAAGUGCCUGGCCAGCACACGGAGCUCACGCCCACCACCUGCCCUCUUUCUAGGCACCGCGCGAUUCUUCCUUUUAUUUCUUUUUUUGUCUGCGAAGAAACUUUUGCAUUCCCGCCUCCCUACCCCCUACCCCCGCCCCACGGUCCCACGGACCAGAGGCAGCACCGAACCUGGGGGCGGUUCCUUGGCAGCGCCGGUUCGAAUCGCAGCCAGACUUUUGCUCCUGUGCUCGGUUUGCAUCAUCCCCAUCACACCCUUGGGGAAGAGGAGCCAGCCCCCUUUUCAGCCACAGCUUCCGGCCAAGCGACCCCUCCUCCUCCUCCUCCUCCGGGUCCCCCCAGGCUCUUCUGCCACCUUCCUCAGAAAGGUACCCCUCUUCAGCACUCUCUGCUCCUCGCUGCCCUCCUCCAUCCCUUGUUGGAUGUUGCCCACCCCUUAAGGAAGAAUGGUUGAUUUGGAGAGCGAAGUACCCCCUCUGCCUCCCAGGUACAGAUUUCGGGAUUUGCUGCUAGGGGACCAAGGCUGGCAAAAUGAUGACAGGGUUCAAGUUGAAUUCUACAUGAAUGAAAACACAUUUAAAGAGAGAUUAAAAUUGUUUUUCAUAAAAAACCAGCGAUCAAGUCUAAGAAUCCGCUUGUUCAACUUUUCCCUCAAAUUGUUAAGCUGUUUAUUAUACAUUAUUCGUGUGCUGCUUGAGAAACCUUCACAGGGCAAUGAUUGGUCUCAUAUAUUUUGGGUUAACAGAAGUCUACCUUUAUGGGGCUUACAGGUCUCAGUGGCAUUGAUCAGUCUAUUUGAAACAAUACUCCUUGGUUAUCUCAGUUACAAGUUUUUGUUUAUUUUACAGAUAUUCUGGCCUACCUUAAGGAAUCUAUUUGUUCCAGUUUUUCUAAACUGCUGGCUUGCCAAACAUGCAUUGGAAAAUAUGAUUAAUGAUCUUCAUAGAGCCAUUCAGCGCACACAGUCUGCAAUGUUUAAUCAAGUUUUGAUUUUGAUAUCUACAUUCCUAUGCCUUAUCUUCACUUGCAUUUGUGGAAUUCAGCAUCUGGAAAGAAUUGGCAAGAAACUCAAUCUCUUUGACUCCCUUUAUUUCUGCAUUGUGACAUUUUCUACUGUGGGCUUUGGGGAUGUCACUCCUGAAACAUGGUCCUCCAAGCUUUUUGUUGUUGCUAUGAUCUGCGUUGCUCUUGUGGUACUCCCCAUACAGUUUGAACAAUUGGCCUAUUUGUGGAUGGAGAGACAAAAAUCGGGUGGCAACUAUAGCCGUCACAGAGCUCAGACCGAGAAGCAUGUUGUCCUGUGUGUCAGCUCACUGAAGAUAGACUUACUGAUGGAUUUUCUAAAUGAAUUCUAUGCACAUCCAAGACUGCAGGAUUAUUACGUGGUGAUAUUGUGUCCUACGGAGAUGGAUGUGCAAGUUCGGAGGGUGCUACAGAUUCCAAUGUGGUCACAACGAGUGAUCUACCUUCAAGGCUCAGCCCUUAAAGAUCAGGACCUCCUGAGAGCAAAGAUGGACAAUGCGGAGGCCUGUUUCAUUCUGAGCAGCCGCUGUGAAGUGGACAGGACAUCAUCUGAUCAUCAAACAAUUUUGAGAGCAUGGGCUGUGAAGGAUUUUGCUCCAAAUUGUCCUUUGUAUGUUCAGAUAUUAAAACCCGAAAAUAAAUUCCACAUUAAAUUUGCAGAUCAUGUUGUUUGUGAAGAGGAGUUUAAAUACGCCAUGUUAGCUUUAAACUGUAUAUGCCCAGCUACAUCUACACUUAUUACACUACUGGUUCAUACCUCUAGAGGGCAAGAAGGGCAGCAGUCGCCAGAACAAUGGCAGAAGAUGUACGGGAGGUGCUCUGGAAAUGAAGUCUAUCACAUCAUUUUAGAAGAAAGUACUUUUUUUGCUGAAUAUGAAGGGAAGAGUUUUACCUAUGCAUCUUUCCAUGCACACAAAAAGUUUGGUGUCUGCUUGAUUGGUGUUAGGAGGGAGGAUAAUAAAAACAUUUUGCUGAAUCCAGGUCCGCGAUACAUUAUGAAUGCUUCAGAUAUAUGUUUUUAUAUUAAUAUUACCAAAGAAGAAAAUUCAGCAUUUAAGAAUCAAGACCAACAGAGAAAGAGCAAUGUAUCAAAGUCAUUUUAUCAUGGUCCUUCAAGGUUGCCUGUCCACAGCAUCAUCGCCAGCAUGGGUACUGUGGCUAUAGACUUGCAAGACACAAGUUGUAGGGCAGCAAGUGGCCCUACCCUGGCUCUUCCUUCAGAAGGAAGCAAAGAAUUAAGAAGACCUAGUAUUGCUCCUGUUUUAGAGGUUGCAGAUUCAUCAUCAAUUCAAACAUGUGAUCUUUUAAGUGACCAAUCAGAAGAUGAAACUACACCAGAUGAAGAAACCUCUUCAAAUUUAGAAUAUGCCAAGGGCUACCCACCUUACUCUCCAUACAUAGGAAGUUCACCUACUUUUUGUCACCUGCUUCAAGAAAAAGUGCCCUUCUGCUGCUUAAGAUUAGACAAGAGCUGCCAGCAUAACUACUAUGAGGACGCAAAAGCCUACGGAUUCAAAAAUAAACUAAUUAUAGUUGCAGCUGAAACAGCUGGAAAUGGAUUAUAUAAUUUUAUUGUACCUCUCAGGGCAUAUUAUAGACCAAAGAAAGAAUUAAAUCCCAUAGUUCUGCUAUUGGAUAACCCGCCAGAUAUGCAUUUUCUGGAUGCAAUCUGUUGGUUUCCAAUGGUUUACUACAUGGUGGGCUCUAUUGACAACCUAGAUGAUUUGCUCAGGUGUGGCGUGACCUUUGCUGCCAACAUGGUGGUUGUGGACAAGGAGAGCACCAUGAGUGCUGAGGAAGACUACAUGGCAGAUGCCAAAACCAUUGUGAACGUACAGACUCUUUUCAGGUUGUUUUCCAGUCUCAGUAUUAUCACUGAGCUUACUCACCCAGCAAAUAUGAGAUUCAUGCAAUUCAGAGCCAAGGACUGUUACUCUCUUGCACUUUCAAAACUGGAAAAGAAAGAGCGAGAACGAGGUUCUAACCUGGCCUUUAUGUUUCGACUGCCUUUUGCUGCGGGACGAGUGUUCAGCAUCAGCAUGUUGGACACGCUUCUCUAUCAGUCAUUUGUGAAAGAUUAUAUGAUUUCUAUCACCAGACUUCUGCUGGGACUGGACACCAUACCAGGAUCGGGGUUUCUUUGUUCUAUGAAAAUCACUGAAGAUGACUUGUGGAUCAGAACAUAUGCCAGACUCUAUCAGAAGUUGUGUUCUUCUACUGGAGAUGUUCCCAUUGGGAUCUACAGGACAGAAUCUCAGAAACUCACUACAUCUGAGUCUCAAAUAUCCAUCAGUGUGGAAGAGUGGGAAGACACCAAAGAUGCCAAAGAGCCAGGGCACCACCGCAGCAUGCACCGCAACUCAACCUCCAGCGACCAGUCAGACCAUCCAUUGCUGCGGAGGAAGAGCAUGCAGUGGGCUAGGAGGCUGAGCAGAAAAGGACCAAAGCAUUCUGGGAAAACUGCAGAGAAAAUAACCCAGCAGCGAUUGAACCUCUACAGGAGGUCCGAAAGACAGGAGCUUGCUGAACUUGUGAAAAAUAGGAUGAAACACCUGGGCCUUUCUACGGUGGGCUAUGAUGAAAUGAAUGAUCAUCAAAGCACCCUAUCCUACAUCCUGAUUAAUCCAUCUCCAGACACCAGGCUUGAGCUCAAUGAUGUUGUAUACUUGAUCCGACCAGAUCCACUGUCCUACCUUCCAAACACUGAACCCAGUAGGAAAAACAGCAUCUGCAAUGCUGCUGUUCAAGAUUCUCGGGAGGAAACUCAACUCUGAUGAAAAGAAAAUAAGGGACCAUAUUUUCACUACAGGGAUCUUGCUUGAAAUCACGAAAAUGUUGGGAUGGUCCUACGAAACUGACUGGAAUGUAUUCAAUUUCUCACCUUUCUUCUAUUUAAAAGCAAAAUAUAUUCUCUUAGAAGUACAGAUGGUUUUGGAACUUAAUGUGGUAUUUAUUGACAUUUCCCUGGUUAGUAUUUAAAUUUCAUCAGUGGGGGAUUCUGAAAAUGACUAUAAAAUAUAGAAGUUAAAAUCUGAUAUUUAACUGUUCAAGAACUAUCAGAAUUGUGU